GGAAAAAGUUUCAGCAUGGGAAAUAACAUCUCGGAUUUCUGGCUGCCGCAGGGUUUACUGUCAAUUCUGCGCAAACUGAAGAGUGCACCAGACCAGGAGGUGAGAAUCCUCCUCCUGGGACUAGAUAAUGCAGGCAAGACCACACUCCUGAAACAGCUGGCAUCUGAAGACAUCAGCCACAUCACACCGACACAGGGCUUUAACAUUAAAAGUGUACAGUCUCAAGGUUUUAAGCUGAACGUGUGGGACAUUGGUGGACAGAGGAAGAUCAGGCCGUACUGGAGGAACUAUUUUGAAAACACUGAUGUUCUUAUCUACGUCAUUGACAGCGCUGAUAGAAAAAGGUUUGAAGAAACAGGUCAGGAGCUGGCCGAGCUCUUGGAUGAAGAAAAGCUCAGUGGAGUCACUGUACUUAUAUUGCUAACAAGCAAGAAUUUGCUUACGCUGCCCCUGCUUCGGAGAUUGCUGAGGGGACUGAAUCUACACACCAUCCGUGACAGAAUCUGGCAGAUCCAGUCUUGUUCAGCCCUCACAGGAGAAGGCGUGCAGGACGGCAUGAACUGGGUCUGCAAAAAUGUCAAUGCAAAGAAGAAAUAACCCUCCCCCAAGCUGCAUGGAAAUGGAGGAGCUGUGGAAGCUGAAUUCUAUCCUGGAAGCGCUAAUUUGCUGCUUUCUGACCAAAUGUUUUUUCCAUCUGUGCACAGCUACAGCUGUUAAAAAAAGGGAACAACAACAGUUAAACCCGCUGCUGGGAUUGGAUCUUUACCUGCUCCUUAGUACAGUUAUUUUUCCCAAUAAAGGAAUUGUACUUGCCCCCCCUCUGUAUAAAUAGUAUUAACUGUCUCCACACUCAGCUGAUUAGAAAUGUGAUUUUAAACAACAGGAAGCUUGUGAUUCAGGUUAGAGAAUUCCAGUGGGCCGGAAGCUUGUGCUUUGUAGUCACCAAGACAUUCACAGCAUGCCCUGCCCCCACUGGUUCCACAGUCAUCCUGGCCAUUCUCAGAUGGCAGUCAAAGCUUUUCCCCAGUGACAAAUCAGGUGUUGUUUCGGUAGCUAGUGUGGCUCGUUAUGUCAUUUCGUGGAAAGUGGGUAGAAUUCUCAUGUCAUUCCCUGCGCCUGGUAGCCCUAAAAAGGACCUUCAUCUUAACCAGACACAGCAGUGACGCCGCACCCCUCCCUAGAAGCGGGAGAGGAGCAUGUAUGUAUAACCCAAGCUCUUGACAGUUUGAAGGCAAGGAGUGAGGGUAGCUUUUCCUCCAGCUAAAGUAAAACGCAGGCCACCUCACCCUGGCAUAUAUGCGGUUACCCAUGUUGAGUGCAAGGACGGGUGGUUAUAUUUUUGAGAGUAAGCUUAGUAUUCCACAAAUCCUGGCCAUCGAGGUAACUGUGCAGCAAAGCUCAGAUAAUUCCAUGUUUCAGUUCCUAGAACAAGGUAAAAUUGCUCCCACUUUUUUCUUUUUUGAACACACAGUGUAUUUUCUGCCUUCUCUAAAAUCGUUCAGUUCAAGAGGUGCACUGGGGCUUGUGGGAUGAAAAUCUACAAUGGCUUUGUGGUGGGGAUAGCUUUCUGAUCCUAGGCAUCAUGAAGCUGGAGCCAUGAAACGGCCACGGUUGGAAAGAAUCUCCCAGUUUAGAAUUACUCCCAUGUAUGUUUAGGUAUUGGAAUAAUGGCAGAUAGGGCAAGAUUUUCCUUCCUGCUUCCCAAGAUGAUGAUUCGUUUUCCCUUGGCUGACAAAUCCUACAACUUCAAUCCAAAUGGAUGUGUCGGGGAGGGGGGCGGUGCUUGUCAUUUCUAGGUCCCCAGUUCAAAUCCAGCCCAAGUUGACAGGGACUAAGAGUCACUGGCAUCUGAAAGCAGUUGUGUCCAAUGCAAAAAGCAUCUGCUGGCUCUCUGUCCAGCUAGUUUCUAGCAUGCAGAUUUACAGAUUGUUGUUUUUUAAAAAUCCACUAUCCUGAUUGGCAGCAUUGCUUGCUGAGCAUGAAGGCCAAAGAAUGACCACAGCCAUGCCCUGCCCUCUCAUCGCUAGGAGACGGCUUGGCGGGCAGUGUGGGAAAAGGUUGCCCUGCCUGUACCCUGGUGAUCCUGCUUUCUGGAGAGCCAGAGUACAUCUGUCUCCAAACCCAGAAGGAGAAUGGUGUGACGAUUGAAGUGAUCUAGCCCCAGUUUAAAAACCAAAAGACGGGGGAAUAAAACAGGCUCAAGUGAAUUCCUAAGCGAUAGCUAAAUACGCAAGGGGACAUGGUUACAGCUUCGUGCAGAAUGAGCAAGACAGCAGCAUAAGACACGCAGGCAGAUCUGUUUAAAAUCAGCUUGCUCAGUAACUCUCACCUCCAGCUGCAGUACCUUAUCCGGAACCCCAGGAAUCUUUGCAGCACAUGUUUGGAGUAACGCCUCGCAGCAUGUGUCUGAAAGGUCACCUUUGCUUUGUUGUUAAUGCAUCCGCCCCCUGUAAACAAUCGCAGCUCUCUUCCAAAGAGCGAGGUUGUGCUGUUUAAGAGGCUAAAUGCAAAGCUUCAGAAUAUGGGCUCCCAGGCUUGAAACACGUCACCUUUGCUGCAUUGAAAGUGCAGUGUUUCUGAAAUGCUUCCGGACCCCUAAACAUCAACAGUUUUAAAAGAAACCCAUGCUCCUGUGACCUUAGCUCCCGGCCACUUUAAAAGAGCCUUGAGUUAGGCUCUUCCCUUCUCUUUGAUCACGUCUUUAACAAGCAGGCAAACUAUAUUGACGUGUUUCUUUGCAGCUAAGAAGCAGUUGAUAAUGUGCGUCGCAAUGAACUGUUUGCAUUUGAAAAGAUUUUCUGUUUUUUCCAUAGUCAGACAUAUAUGCACUUGGAAAUUGUAUUUUUUUUUUAAUUUUUCUUGUUGUCCCAACAUUGAAGGGGAAAUUGACUUUAUUGGUCACUGAGUCCAGAAAUGGCUUGCUGGAUCAAUAGCUAUAUGCCUGCACGUAGAGAGACUUGUUUGCAUCUUUGGUGUGGGCAUCUAUUCACACAAUGCUCCCUGCUAAAAUCCAGGAGACACAAGUAAUCAGUCCGUUCAGACAAUAAUGGAGACAAUGUGAUAGUGUGAGGUGCUACCAGAGUUUUAUUUCCAUGUGUGUAUGGGAACUUAAGUAGAGCAUCCCAUACUGAUGACCAUAAACUUUCCCUUUGUGGUAAACAAGCCUCCAUGCAUCCCCCGGAUGGGAAUUAAAAAGUACUUGAGACACAAUUCACCUGCCAUCUCUUAUUUUAAUAUAUUUACAGUCCAUUCAACCCUGAUCAGCUAAGCAAAGCUUCUCUCCUCUCUCAACACCACCUGUCUAAACACAAAGUAUCAGACUGGUUACAACCAUCUGGAACACCUGCCAUCGUUGAAAAAAAAAUCUCCAUUGCACCCGCCAGGGUCACAUUCAAUUUAUGCCAAUUAUGGUGUUUAGGUUUUGUCCUUCUGAUUGUGUCUGCUUUUUCCCCUUUUAAGGAAGUUUCUAUGGAAACAAACUAUCUCAUUGACAUGGGUGGAGCUUAUUCAUAGAUUUCAUAGCUUCAUAGAUUUCAAGGCUAGAAGGGCCCAUUAUGAUCAUCUAGUCUGACCUCCUGUAUAACAGAGAUCAUUAAAUCCCACCAGUAAUUUCUACAUCAAGCUCAAUGACUUGUGAUUGAAGUAGAAUCUCUCUUUUACAAAGAUAUCAAACCUUGAUUUAAGGACUCCAGGUGACAAAGAAUCUACCACAUACCUUAGAAGGCUGUUCCAAUGGUUAAUUACCCUCACUUCUAAAAACAUGCAUCUUAUUUCCUGUUUGAAUUUGUCCAGCUUCAACUUCCAGCUGUUGACUCCUGCUAAUGCCUUUGUCUGAUAGAUUAGAGAGCCUUCUGCUAGCUCUGUCUGGGUUCUUAGAAGGGGAAAGAGGGUGUAAUGGUUAAAGCUCUGGGUGGAACAUCAAUAAUUCUGGGAUAACACUGGCUCGAGACAUACUAAGUUCUCCUUUUUACCCAUUUUCCAACUAUGUUCUGUGCACAUUUGAGAUUUUUGUAUUCUUUCUUAUUGCACAGGAUCACUGUGCUUUCGUUAUUAAAUAUAUUUGUAUGAUAAUAGCACCCACUAGCCUCAUUCAGGAUCACACCUCACUGGGCUAGGGCGCCUACAAACCAUAUUCGAAGAUGCAUUUUCUUCCCCCGGAAAGCACACAGACUAGGCUGUCCAAUUCUGUCUUAUUUCAGCAUAUAAUCUGGCCCAUCCACGCUCUAUAGUUUGUUCCAUUUUUUGAAUUUGCUCAAAAGGGGUAUUUGCAAUAUUUGGUCAUGUUGUAAAAUUCAGUGUAUAAUUUAGAUGUCUUUGUCGAUAAAUAAAAAUUUAGUAGAA